AUGACCAACAGUGAAGAACUUACUGUAACAACAACUUCAACGGCAAUUAUUGAUACACAUGCCGGUUCAAUGAAUGCCCAUACCAAAGCACUUCUUGAUGAUCCCAACUGGAAAGAAAAAUUGAAAUUACCACCUAAAGAUAAUCGUCCCAAAACAGCCGAUGUCACCGCUACCAAAGGACAUAACUUCGAAGAUUAUUGUCUCAAACGCGAACUAUUAAUGGGCAUCUAUGAAAAAGGCUGGGAAAAGCCAUCACCAGUACAAGAACAAUCUAUUCCAAUUGCCCUUACUGGUCGCGAUGUUCUCGCACGUGCAAAGAAUGGAACCGGCAAAACUGGUGCUUAUACGAUUCCAAUCAUCGAACGCAUCGAUCCAACGAAAAAUGUCAUCCAAGCCGUUAUUCUAGUGCCAACACGUGAAUUAGCUUUGCAAACAAGUGCCAUCUGCAUGGAACUUUCAAAACACAUCCAAUUACGCGUCAUGGUCACAACCGGUGGUACAUCUUUACGUGAAGAUAUCACACGUUUACAAGAAGUCGUGCAUAUCGUCAUCGCAACACCCGGUCGACUCUUGGAUUUGGUGAACAAAAACCUAGCUAAAAUCGACUCAUGCCGUGUGAUUGUUUUGGAUGAAGCCGAUAAAUUACUUUCACAAGAUUACAACCAUCUUUUGGACGAAUUGUUGUACACAAUGCCAACUGAUCGACAAGUGAUGCUCUUUUCGGCAACAUUUCCAUUGACCGUCGAUGAUUUCAUUCAUAAACAUAUGAAACAAGCAUACGAAAUCAAUCUUAUGGACGAACUGACACUCAAAGGUAUUACACAAUACUAUGCCUAUGUACAAGAACGUCAAAAGAUUCACUGUUUAAAUACACUCUUCUCCAAAUUACAAAUUAAUCAAUCGAUUAUUUUCUGCAAUUCAACACAACGUGUCGAACUUUUAGCUAAGAAAAUCACCGAACUAGGUUAUAAUUGUUAUUAUAUCCACUCGAAGAUGCGACAAGAACAUCGUAAUCGUGUGUUCCAUGAUUUCCGUACUGGUCUCUGCCGUAAUCUUGUUUGCUCGGAUCUGUUUACCCGUGGUAUCGACAUUCAAGCCGUCAACGUUGUAAUUAAUUUUGACUUUCCUCGUUUCAGUGAAACCUAUCUUCAUCGUAUUGGUCGUUCGGGUCGUUUCGGUCAUCUUGGUGUUGCCAUCAGUUUGAUCACCCAUGAAGAUCGAUUUGCUGUUCACAAAAUCGAACAAGAAUUGGGCACCGAAAUUCUCCCUAUUCCACGUCAUAUUGAUGAACAUCUCUAUGUUGCCAAAGUGUCCGCAAUCGAAUCAUCAUCCGAAGAACACCAACAAUAA